AUGCUGGGUUACUCCUGGUUGUUUUUACCAGCUCUAACAGGAGCCAUAUUGCCCCCAUUUUUUCUUGGAAAACCGCCAGGUGGUCAUGCGAGGAAUUAUAUGCUCGAACGACAUUUACACAAAAUCAACAAGUUAAAUGACGAGUAUCCAUAUCUUCAAACUCAUAACUUCACCCAGAAGCUGGACCAUUUCGAUUCGAAUAAUAAUAAAACAUGGCAGCAGAAAUAUUAUUACAAUCCAAUUUACUCUCGUAACCAUUCUAUCGUCUUCCUAAUGAUUGGUGGUGAAGGCCCGGAAAGCGGUAAAUGGGCAGCAUACCAGGAUGUGCAAUACCUUCAAUGGGCAAAUGAGCUCGGUGCUGAUGUCUUUGAUCUGGAGCAUCGUUUCUUUGGAGAUAGUUGGCCAAUCCCAAAUAUGGAAGUUUCAUCUCUUCGAUAUUUGACAACACAACAAGCGCUCGCCGAUAUUGCAGAAUUCAUCAAAGCGAUGAAUAAAAAGCAUGGAUUCACCAAUCCAAGAUGGGUCACAUUUGGUGGAAGUUACCCAGGAUCGUUGUCUGCUUGGUUCAGGAAAAUGUAUCCUGAUCUAACGAAAGGAGCUGUUGCAAGUAGUGCCCCUGUAAAUCUGAAGCUUGAUUUCUAUGAAUAUGCAAUGGUUGUAGAAGACGAUUUAAAGGUAACCGAUCCAAAUUGCGCCGACGCUGUUCGCAACGCCUUCCAACAAAUGCAGCAGCUUUCAAUCACGAUUGAAGGCCGGAAGACUCUUAGUACAACAUUCAAUUUGGUCCCUAAGUUUAACGCAAAUACGACAAAACUUGACAUCACCAAUUUCUUUGGCAACAUUUACAACGCUUUUCAGGGAAUGACGCAAUAUACCUAUGAUGGAACUAACGAGAAAACGCAAGUGAACACAACUGUACGGAAAAUGUGUGAUAUAAUGACUGACAGCAGUGAGCCUAAUUUGGUAAAUCGUGUCAGAAAUUUAUUCAGAUGGUACAAUUUCUUUGACCCGAUGGGACCGGAUCUCUCAGUAAUGCCCAAUAAUUAUUGGGAUGUGAUCGCACAAGUAGGAAGUGGUGAUCUCAAUGUUCUUGGCGUUGCUGGUGCCGCAGCUAGAGGAUGGAUGUGGCUUUGCUGCAAUGAAAUCGGUUUUCUUCAGACAACCGACCAAGGAAGAAAUGUGUUUGGCUCGACAGUUCCACUUAACUAUUUCGUCGAUAUGUGCACUGAUAUGUUCGAUUCCACUAUUGAUAUGAGAUACAUCUAUACAAAUAACAAGCGAGCACAAAAGUACUAUGGUGGUGCUGAUCAUUAUUCAGGUGGUACUUCGGCGGCCAGCAAUGUUGUGCUUCCAAAUGGCUCUCUUGAUCCAUGGCAUGCGCUGGGAACAUAUGUAAAGAAUGACGAUCGCUCUGUUAUACCAUUAUUUAUAAAUGGAACAGCUCACUGUGCUGAUAUGUAUCCAUCUUAUAAAGGCGAACCACCAGCUUUGGUAAGCGCAAGAGCAGUGAUAAAAGAAAAUGUGAUGAAAUUCAUAAAAUAUGAUCCAAACGUCGAUGGAAAGGGGGAUUACUAUGGAGAUGAAUACCCCGGAAUCUCGUACGUUGAGUUGAACAAGCGUCGACGAGGUGAAGGACUUCGAAGAGAAGGCGAGAAAUUGAUUAAUCGCAUGAAUCGACCUAAAGUGAAAAAAAUUUACGUAAAAAGGAAUGGCGAAGCAACUCAUAUCAAGCCAAAGCUGUUUGUUUGGAGACAAUGGCAGUCGCCAACACUCAAACAACUAUUGGAAGAUGUUGGUCCCUAUGUCGGACUGGACGAUGGAGCGGAAGGAAUCUAUACGUUAGAUGGUGAUCCUAUAACAGAUCCUGAUGAUAUUGAAGACUUAUCAACAUAUUUUAUUACUGGCGAAGAAGACCUCGUGAUACACAGUGAAAAUUUCGGCCGUCGACAAAGCGAUUCUGACAUUGCGAUCAAAGAUAACAUAAGCGGUUGGAAUAAAGAGCAGCCGACUCAUACAAGUCUUUCUGCACCAGAGUAUUACACUUCUAAUUCGGUACGAUCGACGUAUCCUUCAAAUAUUUCGUACCCACCGACCCCACCACCUCGGCCGUAUACUGGAGAUGGGUAUGGGAGAACCCCAAGAAGGACCAAAUAUCAAUCAAACAGUUUGAAACAAUACGAUGAUUAUUUCAAUGAAGCAAUCAAUAUUGAUAAUCGUCGCAGUUAUGAGAGAGCUUCUCAAGUACCUAGAAAAACGAACACAUUCAUUGAUGAUUUUAAUGAAUUUCCUCAAGCUAGCGAUUUUGACAACUUUGAUACGAUUCGGAAAGAUCGAGAACAGUUGGAAAAACAUAAACAAAAAAUGGCCCAAAUGGGAAGGCGAAGAAGUGCAAUGAUAUUCAACAGAAGGGAUCAAACCCAUCCGGAUGCCUACCUGAUAUAUGUAUUCCUAAAUGGACAAGGAAUGGAAAGUCAGUAUAUGAAUUUCCAAAGAAAACAACUGGAAAAAGGAAUGAAUUAUGUUCUUGAGUUGAUUGCAAGAAGAUACAAUGUAAACCCCUCGAAGCUUGUUGAUAUGGAUGGUCGAAAAAUAUCAGAGGUCUCGCAGUUGAUGUCACGAGGUGCUUAUGUCCUAAUCCCAGCCGGACAACACUUUAGGGAUACUUGGUAUUUUCUACCGGAUAAUGCUAUCGAUACAAGUUCGAACAAAGCAAUGGUCGAAGAGAGAAGUGCCCAGCGUGACAGACUUCUUCAAAGAAGAUUGAAAAAGGAGAAGAAGGCAAAAUUAGCCUCGAGAAAAUCGCGCAGCAAAUCCGAAGCGCCGCCGGCUAAAGUUGAAUUUAAUGGUCGAAAAUCAGUUGCGCAAUCAGUUCCAGCUCGUCGAGAUGCACUUCGAUACUAUUCUUAA